GUGAAGUAAACCUAUCGAGACAACCUAUUCCUUGAAGCAAGCCUUGAUGCUUCAUUGAUCAGAGCUGUCGGCAUGUACGGCCUUGAAUCCCUUUGGUUCAAUAUCAAGGAUGGGUAUGUAGAUGCCGUGGUGCGAGGGCACAGGUCAGGGCUCCUCACAAGUCCAGACUACAAUAAUCUGUGCCAAUGCGAGACUUUGGAGGAUAUUAAACUGAAUCUGACGAGCACGGAUUAUGGCCCAUACCUCGCAAACGAGCCAUCACCCCUGCACACUACCACAAUCGUGGACCGCUGCACAGAGAAACUUGUGGAUGACUGGAACAAGAUGCGGACAAACGCGGACGAGCCCCUGGGCCAGUUCUUGGACUAUUGCACCUAUGGCCACAUGAUUGACAACGUUGUGCUGAUUGUCACCGGAACUCUGCACGAGCGCGAUGUGCAUGAGCUGUUGGACAAGUGCCACCCGCUGGGCAUGUUUGAUGCCAUUGCCACGCUGGCAGUGGCCUCCAACAUGCGCGAGCUCUACCGCCUGGUCCUCGUCGACACUCCCCUCGCCCCAUACUUCUCAGAGUCCCUCUCUGCAGAGGAUCUGGACGAGAUGAACAUAGAGAUCAUGCGCAACACGCUGUACAAGGCCUACCUGGACGACUUUGCCGCCUUCUGCAACAAGCUUGGCGGCACCACCGCCGAGGUCAUGCGCAGCCUGCUCUCCUUCGAGGCGGACCGGCGGGCGCUGAACAUAACGCUGAACAGCAUUGGGACGGAGCUGACGCGCGAUGACCGGCGCAAGCUGUACAGCAACUUUGGGCUGCUCUACCCGCACGGCCACCACGAGCUGGCGGGCGCGGAAGAUUUUGACCAGAUCCGCAAUGCCAUGGAGAAGUGCCCCCCUUACCAGGCCCUCUUCAACAAGCUCGGCUACGGCGAAUCCCAGAUGCUUGACAAGGUACUGUACGAGGAGGAGGUACGCCGGCUGACGGACACGUUUGAGCAGCAGUUCCACUACGGCGUGUUCUACUCCUACAUGCGGCUGCGCGAGCAGGAGAUUCGCAACCUCAUGUGGAUCUCCGAGUGCGUCGCGCAGGACCAGAAGACCCGCAUCAUGGACGGCAUUGUCUAUUUGUUCUAGGCUGCUGCUGCCUAUGGACAUCUUAUUGGUCAUACCAGGCUGCCCAGAUGCAUCAUGCACAGUGAUGUUUCAGGGGUGCCCUACACCACUGGGGUGCCGACUCAGAUGGAGAAUGCAGAGGAGUAGUCAAGGAAGGUCAAGGAAGAUUUGGCCUCUGCCUGCAUGCGACGGGACUGCUCAAGACUAUCCAUAAUACAUAUUGGAAUGGGCUUAUGCACUCAUGGGUGUCUGCAAGAUUAGUAGAUCUCUCUGUCAAGACAGAUGUUCAGUCCAAGAAAUUAGAAUGAGACCAUGCAUGUCAGAGUGUGAUAUGUAGCGCGAUGAUCAAAAUUCCCCCUGUAACUUAAUUGGUGUAUC